AUGGUCUGUGAAGAAUCUUCAUCGACUAUUGACCUUCCUCCUCAUUCAUCCUCCUUUGCUGAAUCCAGCUUCCGUGAACUCGACGAUGCAUUCUUGCAGACUCAAACCAGAAUAUGGCUAGGAGAAGUUUUGCAGAUAAGAUUGGAUGAUCAACUCGUUACAUCUGAAUUACUUGCGGAUGGAGAAUUGCUGUUUCAAGUAUCGAAAGUAAUAUGGAAAUUGCUGUUGGAAAAGCAUAUGGAGCUUAGGCACAUAAAAGCAUACAAAAAUCAUCCAUUUUCUUCCAAGAGAAACAGUGGCAUCUAUAGGCCUUAUUCAAAUGUUGAUUCAUUUCUCAAGAUCUGUAAAAUCUUGGGAUUGACUGGGAUUGAUCUCUUCACUCCGUCAGAUGUCGUUGAGAGAAAAAAUACUCGAAAAGUUUGUAUGUGUGUACGAUCAUUCUCGAAAAAAUCAAGGUCAUUGAGUAUAAAUGUUCCAGAUUUUGAUAUUGUAACAUGUAUGGUAGCCAUGCCGAAAGAUAUGGUUGGAUGCAUACGCAGAAGCAUAGAGCUGUCUCAUGUAGAUUCUUCUGGUCAACACUUACAGAAGCCUGCGAGACGAAAAUCUAGUCAGGGUUACUCGGUUACGAGCUCCAAUAGGGAUUACAUGACCUAUUCAGACCCGGCUAAUGACACAGAAAUCAUGCAUCGGUUUCCUGAAUUACAUGAUGAUGACUUCUGCGAGUACAAGUCAGAGAUAAGCUACAAUAUACCAUCUUUAAUGGGUGAAAGUGGUUUUGUGUCUGAAGAUUUAGAUCAAUUGGAUACUCAAAAUCAACCGAGAAAUGAGAUAUCGAAUGUUGAGUUUGAAUUGUUAUCUUCAUUGGAAUCAUUAGAGUAUCAUUGCUCUGACAAUAUAGAACAAGAAUACGAUUGCAGUCUGAUUUGGAUGUCAUCUUCUUCUUGUGGAAAUCAAAACGUCGAUGUAAUUGGUAUGAAAUCUCAUUUUGAUACUAGAGUAGAGCAAGUUCAAGAGAGUAGGAUCAUAGACUACGAUGACUUUGAGCAUGCUUUGUUUAGAAGUAAGGCUUCUGUCACCGGGACUCCUAUAAAUGACAGAACAUCAGUUAUGGAUGCUACAUUAUUUGCAAAAAAUAAAAAGGACACUCAUGUGAUUGGUGAAAUAAAUAGUACACCAAAUGUACAUCAAAGUGUUAGUUCUUAUGGUUUAAACACAACUCCGGAGACUGUUGAAAUAGGUAGAUGUUUUGAUAUUUCUGAUAAUAUGGAGGUUCUGCAUGUAGCUGGCGUAAACUGUUUGGCUAGGGAACCACUGAAUUUGGGAGAUUUAUUUGAUGCGGAGAAUAAUGAUCAGAAAAUUGAGUCCUUUGGAUUAUACAAUGACAAUAAUGAUCAUUGGGACAAGAUAAAAGAAUAUGAUGCUCAAGACUUAAUGAACUGCAAGGAAUUGUCAUAUUCUGUAAAUAAAUUUGAGGAAAUAGAGCAUUCAUUAUAUUCUCCUGAUUGUCACUCCUGCAUUACUAAAACUGACAUUAGCUCAACUCUACUGAAAAAGUAUCUAGCAGACGAAGUGAUGGAGUCACAAGUUGAUUCCAGGUGCUCGGAUAACGAUAGUUGCGACUAUUUGCCUGAGUUUUGUAAAUGGGAUCAGAAAGGAAAAAUUGCUACAGCAUCAAAUAGAAUGAAAGAUAGCCUAAGUUCCUCACAUUUUUUGGAAGAUAUCUCUCAUAAGGAAACUGCAGCACCUAAUACACAAAAGGAUUCUGAAGUUUUGAUGUCCAAAAUUAUGUUGUCUUGCGUGCCAAGCAAUGAAGAUAUAGUUAGUGCAGCCGCUAUUAAGUUGGAGAGUGAUGGUAAACUAAACAAUGGUCCCACUCAGGACGACGAGACUAGCAAUUCUUGUGGCAUAGAUGUCACGUCAGCUCAAGACAUUGGAGAUGGAGGUCAGAGAAUACAAGAUAUGAUAACUCCUACCAACUGUGAAGUAGAUGUGUCUCACAUUGGGCAUGGCACAACAGAUCAAAGCUCAAAACAUGAAUGCAACGAGGCUCAUCAGGCAUCUCAAUACGACACGGAUCAUGUUUACCCUCCAGAAAAUUCUCUGGUGCGUAUUAAAGAAGAAGCAAAACCAGACGAUGAGAGUGUGCACUCCUUAGAGUAUAUAGUUGAAACAGAAGAAGGUAGAAUAGAAAUACCAAAAUCAAAAUCCCAAAAGAAACUACUGUUAAGAUCAGUCUUGGGUGGUGCUACUGCUGUUGGUUUGUUAUUCAUGUUUCUCAACCUAAGGAAGAAUGGUGGAGAAAAAGAUGCACAACCAAAUAAGACAUCUAGUCAUAAAAACAAAGAGAAGAUUCACAAAAUCUCAACCAAGAAAGUAAAUAGGAUGAGUACAAUAAAAGAGGUUUAUCCAGCUGAAAAGCUCGAGUUAAAAUGA